GGAGAAGGAAGGAGAAGAAGAAGAAGUAUAGAAUAAUAAUGAUUAACACUUAGAAGAUGGAGUAUUUAGGGCAGGAUCAAAUUUCGGACCAAACUACAGUCGAAAGUACGGCAAUUUUAAGGAAUUUCCAGGUUUCUUUUUUCGCUAUGAGUCGUCUGGCUUCAUUUCCAUGGACUUUUCUAGAAGAAGACAUUAAAGGCAACAAAUCAUUAGAAUUAAUUUCAGAUAUCCUGAAACAGACAUGUCUUCACUCACUGUGCAGAAAGUUUCCACCAUCAGUCAGAUACAGAAGGUUGUUCCUCUCUGAGCUCAUCAAACGGCAGGAGGCUGCAGACUGUGAACCUCUGGAUGAGCUGUAUGAUGCACUGGCUGAGGUGGUGGGAGCUGAAGAGGCUACUGAGAGCUACAAGAGCUACUUCAUGCCUUCUGGUGAUGCUGUCAGCCUGGUGGAAAAUGUUGCUUUAAUCUCAGAAGGAACCACGGGCCUAGUGACCUGGGAGGCUGCCCUCUAUCUGGCAGAGUGGGCUCUGGAUCACCAGCAGGCCUUCACAGGCAGGAUGGUUCUGGAGCUGGGCAGUGGCAUGGGGUUGACUGGUAUCACCAUCUGUCGUUCCUGCGGCCCAAGAAGAUUCAUCUUCAGUGACUGUCACCCCACAGUCCUGCAGAAGCUGAGAGACAAUGUCCAGCUGAACACUCUGACUGAACAGAUGCCUUCUGCAGUCAGUGUGGAACAGCUGGACUGGACGGCAGCGACAGAGGAACAGAUAAAACAGAUCGGGGCUGACACUGUCAUUGCUGCAGAUGUGGUUUAUGACCCUGAUAUCGUAGAAAGUCUAGUGAAGCUGCUGUCCAAGGUCCUGAGGUGUUUGUCUGCUGAGAUCCUCAUCUGCUCCACCAUAAGAAACCCAGAGACUUACCGCAGCUUUAAACAGCAGCUAGAAAAGGCGCAAAUCAGCCAUCAUGUGAUCACAGGACCCGUCAGCCACGUGUUUCCUUACAACAGAAUCUCCGCUAUAGAAAUGAUUAAACUGUACAGAUGACACCACUGUAGCACAAUAAA